GCUACCUGCAUAUUCAUAUUGCACUACCUACAUUAUAUAGUAUAAAAGCUAGCAAAUGGAUUGUGGUUGAGUGGAAGAGACGUACUCAUUCCUCCUUAAUCAAUAGUCAAGUGUUCGAUCAUUGGCUUUGAGUAUGAAGCCGCCUUAAAUCUCCAAGCCAGCUGUCCCACUCAAAAGUGAUACAUACAAUUCAGCAAUAGGAUUAGUUCUGUGUCUGACGGUAAAAACUUUGGGUGCACCAAAAAAAAUAGUGUAAAGCUAGGGAAGCAAAAAAGAGAUUCUAUAUAUACUUUACAUACAUACAUAUAUGUCAAGUUCUCUAGUCUAAAUUGAAAGUCUUUCACUUUGAGAUUAUUGAGAAUAAUGGAAGAGGGGAAGGGGAGUAGAGUGAGAGUUCACUCAAAGUUGAGAGUGAUGUCAAGCACUCCCAUUGAACCCAAUAAGGUCCAUAAGCUCAGCGCAUUGGACCAUGCAAUGGCUCUCCACACGGUCCACGUAAUCUUCUACUACCGAGCCAACCCAUUCCAUGAAGGUCCGAUGGAGCUUGACAUGGAUAACCUCAGGAUUACGCUGUCGGAGCACCUGUGCCUUUACCCGCCGGUGACCGGCCGGUUGGUCCGGGAUGGGGAGGGUAACUGGGAAGUGAAGUGCAAUGAUGCCGGAAUCAGGAUGGUGAGGGCGAGUGUAGGGGUCACUGUUGACGAGUGGCUGAGAUCGGCUGAUGCGUCGGAGGAGCGGGAUCUGACGGUCUGGGAAAACAUGCCUCAAGAUCCAAUCAUUUGGUCUCCCCUUCGAAUCCAGCUAAAUGAUUUUGAAGGUGGCGGGCUAGCUAUUGGACUCAGCUUUACCCACACGCACGCAGAUCCAACAAGUGCAACCUUAUUUUUCAAAUCUUGGGCAGAUUUUCACAGAGGCGGCUUGCCAAUUCUUCAACCUCCCAUAUUCAAUCUUCCUGCAUUCACCAAUCAUCCCACCGUUAAUCCAAGUUUAAAAACCUCAGAAUAUUAUAUCAAGAAAUGCAAAGAAACAGAAACUGUGCAGUCAACCAAAAUGCCCACACUCACCUUCAGAUUCUCAGGCUCAAAAGUCAUGAAAUGCCUGUCCCAAGUCCAUCCCAUUUGCCCUGAGGCCACCCCAUUUGAUGUCCUAGCAGCACUCUUCUGGCUGCGAAUCAUGCGCUUCACAUCACCUACUCCCCUCUCUGUUUGCUUAGACUUGAGGAAUCACAAAACCAAAGCAAUCCCUUUUCACUACUUUGGCAAUGCUCUCCAUUUCUCAUCACUCUCACUUCAUACCGAGGCACUCGAGGGUUGUGAUGAGCUAGGCCAUGUUGCAGGGCUCGUGCACAAACAUGUGACAGGGAUUAAAGAAGAAGGAGAGUUCUGGACAGCAUUAGAUUGGUUCGAGUCUCGGAAGGGGGAGACGGGGAAAUAUGCGCCGCCAUUUAGAAUGUAUGGACCUGAACUGACUUGUAUUAGCAUGGAACAUUUGUUCAGUGGAGAUUGUGAUGAUGAAUCUUUAACGUAUGGAGCGAUGUUUAGGGAGGAGGAGAAGCCGGUGCAUGUGAGUUAUAAUGUGGGAAAUGUGGGUGCUGGGAAGGGAUUGAUUAUGGUGAUGCCUUCACCUGGGGAUAGGUUGGGAAGAACAGUGAUGGUCAGCCUUCCAGAAAAGCAGCAGAUUUCUAUCCUUUCUCAAGAUCAAGCUAUUAUGGAACUGGAUCCACAAAUGCUCCUUAGUGGGAGGAGAUAAUAAGCUUGAGACUUGCGCCAAUAUUAUUCCUCAAAUCAUACUGCGCUUCUGAUUAAUUUCAUGUUCAUUGACAGA